AUUGCAUGAGCUGAAUGGAUUUCUAGUAUGUGAAUGCGGAAAAGUGAAGGAGUGCAGAUGUGAUUUCAUAGAAAAAUGGACAGUAAUUGAGAAUAGGAACAAGUUGAUGCAGUUCUUGAUGCGUCUCAAUGACGAUUAUGAAGGAUAUCGUGGAAAUCUUCUCGCAACUGAACCAUUGCUCACCUUCAGUCGUGCAUUUUAUAUAAUACAACAAAUUGAGACACAGAGAAAUAUCACACGUUGCACUCCAGAGUCAUCAGCAUUCUUCAUCAACAAUGAUACAUGAAGAAUGCCACCAUAGAGGAGGGAAGAUAGGAAGCAAAGAUUUGGUGAUAGAAAAUAUUGCAGGCACUGCAAAAGUGAAGGACAUGUCUAUGAGCAGUGUUUUGAGAGAGUGGGCUAUCCAGACUGGUACAAAGGAAGGAGAACCAAGAAGGAAGGACCAUCAAUACUGGAAGCACAUAUCCUGCAUGAUGAAAAAUCAGAAGAACCAAGCAUGGAUAGUCCUUUUGAUUGCAAUAGUGGAGGUCAACAAAACAAAGAGCAAAUUGACCAAGGACUCAUAUCAAGCAUAUGUCAAGAAGUGGUGAAAAUGUUCGAGAGAAGUGUACAAGGAGAUUCCAGUGAGUUUAAUCUCACCACUGCCAACUUUGCAGGACCCUAUAACUAAAGGGACCAUAGCUUC